UCAAAUCGUGCCACAUUACAGUGGUUUUUUUUUAGUUUUGUUAUUUCAGUCUCUCUGUGUCUUUUUGGAUUUCCUCAUUCGUCGCACAAACUAACAGAAAUGUCACUGGAUCUUCUGAAAUCUGCACCAUCGGACUGGGACACUUCCCUGGCCCUUCCCUCAGACUUUAGUGCUCGAUCAGCGCAGCAGCGGGUGAUGGAGCAAGUGAAUACUCUGAGAGGCAAGACGAACACCCUGAAGGGAUCCGGCUCUGUGGUGGAUGGAUACGGUUGCACGCUUGGGUCAUCUUCACCUCGACUCAGUGAUCAUGCAAAACUGCAGUGUUCGAGGAAAGCCAUGAGUUCCGUGUCCCAAAGCAUGUCCAGGGUCUCCACUGCACGCCGCACAAACAGCACCCUGUCCACAAAGUCACGGCUAAGCAUCAAUACUUGCGGCAGUGGCUCCAGGUUCCAGAUGGAGGGCAUCGGCAGCGGCAGCAGCAUGCCUGACCUGGGAUACCGUUCCCUGCCUCAGUCGCGUAGCGCUACGGCUCUCUACCAGGCCCGGAACAGCAACAGCAGUAGCAGAUACAACGUGCUAACGCUUGGCAACUCUCGGAGCCACAGUCCGGUUCUGCAAUGCCCAAUUCCACAGACGGUUGUGGACGCAUCCAUUCUGAACCACUGUCCCCUUCCGCCACGCCCGAUUCCACAGACGGUUGUGGAUGCACCCAUUUGGAACCAAAGUCCCGUUCUGCAAUGCCCGAUUCCACAGACGGUUGUGGGCUCACCCAUUCCAGCCAUUGUCAUCUCGCCUGUUGGCACCAUGCCAGUCUUGCCAGACCAGAGCAUACGCCCGAAGACUCCGUCAGUGUAUAGUCUGGGUCAACAUACAAUAAGGCCUUCCACGAAGGAGAUAAAGACGGUUUCGAGUCUGAGGGAGGCAGUGCAGUGCUUGUCCACGCAUGCUGAGAACUUCCAGCUGUAUGGAGCCUCCUACAUACAGCAUAGCACCUACACGGAUGACAAGGCCAGACAACAGGUGUUGCAGUUAGAGGGUAUCCCUCCUCUGGUGGCUCUCCUCCAGAGCCCCAACCCUGUGGUGCAGCAGGCCGCCUCCGCCGCCCUGCGUAACCUGGUCUACAUGGACCGCCCCAACAAGGAGGAGGUGGGCCACUGCGGAGGCGUCACCCAGGUGGCACAGCUGCUGCAGGACAGCCAAUCAACAGACACCAUGAAACACCUGACAGGACUUCUGUGGAACUUGUCAUCUGAGGACUCUCUAAAGGCAGAUAUCAUGAAGAACUGCCUGCUGGUUCUCACAGACUCUGUGAUAGUACCUUACUCCACUGGCAAUCUCAACAACUAUGUGGAUACAGAGACCUUCUUCAAUGCCACAGCAUGCUUGAGGAACCUGAGUUCAAUCAAGCAAGUGUAUCGUCAAGCCAUGAGGAAGAGCAGCAGCUUGGUGGAUGCCCUGGUGUUGUACGUGUUCGACUGUGUGGAUGCGCAAAAGUUUGAAAACAAGUCAUUGGAGAACUGCCUGUGUAUCCUGCACAACUUGACAUACCAGCUCCAGGCUGAGAGUCCCCAGCUCUUCUCCCGGAUCAACAGUCUGUCGACACGCUGCCAAGCGGACGCAGUAGGACCCAUCAGGUGUUUCAGCCCACGCAGUCAGACAGUCCAACAGAAAAGCUCCAUAUUUGACUACCCAGUGCUGGAGGACAACAACCCUAGUGGCUGUGCCUGGCUGCUGCACAGCAAGCUGCUGGAGGCCUACCUCAACCUGCUCAGGGAGAGCCAGAACCAGCAGAGCCUGGAGGCCUGCUGCGGGGCACUGCUGAACCUCACCGCCAGCCAAGGCACUGCCUCCGAGGUGCUGAGCCAGACCAUAGUGCGGCGUCUGAGUGGGUUGCCUGCGGUGACGCCCCUGCUGAAGAGUGAGGACGUGGGAGUGAGCUGCUCUGCUGUGGGGCUCCUGGGGAACCUGGCACAGCACCCGGCACUACACAGCACCAUAGCUCAUAAGGCUCUAGGCCCCCUCGCAGACUUCAUCAGCGCUGGGGUCCCAAACAUGUCUGAAGGUGGGUCAGAGGUGGACGAAACCAUGGCGACCGCAUGCCUCACCCUUCACGCCUUGAUGAUGGCCGACCAGAAGAAUGGCAAGGGGUUGCUAAGCAACAGUCUGAUAAACUCCCUGAACAAUAUGAGUUACGACGGACAAAUGGAGAAGACCAGGAAUGCGUCCGCAUUUCUCCUUUACAAUUUCUGGAAACAGAAGAGUUUCCAGAGCUCUCUGAAAAAGAGGGGGAUGCAGAAAAGAACCUUUGUGAACGACACUACAACAGCAGCUCACAGAUCCAUGGUGGUCAUUGAUUAGUAGUCUUCAGAGGGGAAGAUACCGCACACUCUUGUCCAUCAUGCUGAAUUUUAUUUAUACGCACAACAUUACGGCCAGUGUGGCCUUUCUCAAGUUUUUCUCCUCUUCUCAGGAGAUUAUGUUUUUUGGUAAAUGGUUGUUUGUAGGUGACCUUGUUUGUGAAUGUUGAUUGUGUUGUUUUUUUAUUUUUAUUUUGAUGAAUUUUCAUGGAACAUGGGUCAAAAAUAGUUAACUUAAAAUUGUUUUUUUUUAAUAAUAAAUAUUAUCCUGGUGAUUGAUAGAUAGUUUGCCAGUUACUCUUUCAAGUAGCAAAAAGCACUUAAGGGUGUUGUCUUGAGCUGCCUUUGUAGAUGUCUGCACUCUCUGAGUGUCAUUCUAGAUUGUAUUUAUGAGCACAUGUUCACUACAUUUCAGUCUUUAUAUGGGUGGCAGCACUAAUGGAGUCAUUACUGCCUUAAUAAGGCAAAGUACAGUAACUACACCAGAAACUGAGAAACAUGCCUUCAAAGCCUUGGUAUUAGGUUGGAGAUUGUAUUUACUGCAAAUUUGCCCAUAGUAUUAUAUCAUGGGAAAAUGUUGAACUGUAAGGCUUUGCCACAAGAUAAAGGACGUGUUAUGUAGACCAUUUUCAGUAUAAAGAUAACUUUGACAAAAUAUGUAGUUACUGCACUUUACCUUUGUACAGUCGAAUAUGUGGUAUGAGGGUGGCAGAGAGUAUAUAAUAUAAAAAAUGUUUGAUUCAAUCUAUGUUU